UUCUAGGCUUCGUGUCCACUUCCACUUUUCGAUUUUUCCGUGUAAAGGAAACCGAAGUGCACGGGGUGACGGAAGCACCAUCUGUGGAAUGUGCUAGUCAAUUCUCCAGCUCCGAUUUCAGCUUGUCGGUGGUCCGGCAAAGUUUCCCGGCGUCGAACCGCCGGCGAAGUUGAAGUUUCCUCUUCGAUCUCCUCUCUCCGUCUGCAGUUUUGCUACUCGGAACAGUUGUGUUCCUGCUGCAAAGCUGCAAGUUGAACCUCUUAUUUCGGGAGGAAUUUGAAAUGUUCUUUUCCAUUUCUUCUUGCUGAAAGCGCUGACUCGAUCUGUUUACGAUGAACGUCGGAUAUGAUAUUAAUGAUCUUUAUCGAGAAGCACAAACCCGCUGGCUGAAGCCUCCAGAGGUGUUCUUUAUUUUACAGAAUUAUGAAAAAUAUCAGCUGACAGAGGAGGCCCCUAAACAGCCAACUAGUGGUUCUUUGUUUCUUUUUAACAAGAGAGUACUCCGUUUCUUCCGUAAAGAUGGUCAUAGCUGGAGGAAAAAAAGGGACGGAAGAACUGUUGGAGAAGCACACGAACGACUUAAGGUUGGAAAUGCUGAAGCGUUAAAUUGCUAUUAUGCACAUGGAGAGCACAAUCCCAAUUUCCAGAGACGUAGCUAUUGGAUGUUGGAUCCGUCAUUUGACCACAUUGUUCUGGUACACUAUAGAGAUAUUAAUGAGGGAAGGCCUGGGACGGAAAGUGUUCCACAAUUAUCUCCAGCAUCGGCUUCUACUUUUGGUUCCCAUUCAUCUCAAAGUUUUGCUUUGGAACAUCGACAGAGUUCAUUGAGCCCAGGGUCUGUAGAAGUUAGUUCUGACACUGGCAACCGUACUGUUGGAUCAAAUGGUGCGGAUGGGCAGCAUGAAAUAUCAGAAUUAAAAAACGAAUGUGAGGUUUCUCAAGCUUUGAGAAGGAUAGAGGAGCAAUUAAGUUUGAACGAAGACAGCUUGAAAGACAUUGAUCCAUUUUAUGGUCACGAGGAACGUUCAAAUUCUAACCUUAUAGACUACUAUGAGAUGUCCAAUGACGAUCAGUUUUCAGUGCUUCAGCAUUCAGAAAAUGCUAUCCAUGAUAAUAAUUAUACAUCGUUUGAGAUCCAAGAUGCCAAUGAAAAACAUUCCGAUUAUGCUAUGGCACACGAGAUUAUGUUUGAUAGUGAAGGAACUCAACCAUGGGGUUAUGCACUUGGUUCACGUAAGACAGCUGAUCUUGAAUCUCAAGAUAGACAGUCUCUCCUAUGGAAUGAAAAUGAAAAAUCAUCAUCGUCUUUGAGUAAAAGUACAACUGUGGACAAUGAACAUUACAACUUGGUGCACAGAAGAGGAAAAACUUCUGCUUUGCUUGGAAGCUGCACAUCUUCAGAAUAUACUUCACCACUAGACAAUCAUGAUGUUAAUUCCAACUACCAUAUACCCUUUCUUACAGAAGACCAUGGAAAUUCUUUUGAAGUUGAUACCAGUUUAAUUGUUCCACAAGUGCAGAAAUUUAUAAUCCGCCAAAUUGUUCCUGAGCAGGGUUAUGCCACUGAGAAUACCAAGGUCAUCAUUAUUGGAUCUUUUCUUUGUGAUCCUUCUGAAUCUCCUUGGGCUUGUAUGUUCGGAGAUAUUGAAGUUCCUCUUCAGAUUGUUCAGAAUGGGACUCUUUAUUGCGAAGCACCUCCACACCUUCCUGGGAAAGUUUCUUUCUGCAUUACAUCUGGCAAUCGGGAACCCUGCAGUGAAUUCAGAGAGUUUGAAUAUAAAAUGAAUGUUUGCAGUCGUUGCUACUCACAUUCUAGUGGACCUACGAAGAGUCCAGAGGAGCUGUUGUUACUUGUCAGGCUUGUCCAAUUACUGCUCUCUGACUCUAACACGGUAAAUUCUGAAGUAAGGAGCAAUUAUGUGAAAGCUGGUGAUGAUCAGUGGAGUUCUUUGAUAGAGGGUCUUCUAGUUGGUAGUGAAACUCCUUCUGAUACCGUUGAUUGGCUUCUUCAAGAGUUGCUAAAAGACAAGUUGCAUCUCUGGCUUGCUUCCCAACCGAAAGAUAGACAUGAUCCGGCAGGCUGUUCCUUGUCCAAGAAAGAACAGGGUAUUAUACACAUGAUUGCUGGCUUGGGCUAUGUGUGGGCAUUAAACCCAAUUCUCAGUUGUGGUGUGAAUAUAAACUUCCGUGACAUUAAUGGAUGGACUGCUCUACACUGGGCCGCACGAUUUGGAAGGGAAAAAAUGGUUGCUUCACUAAUAGCCUCAGGAGCAUCAGCUGGCUCUGUGACUGAUCCUAGUGCACAAGAUCCAGAUGGUAAAACUGCAGCGUCUAUUGCAGACAUCCAUGGACACAAGGGACUUGCUGGUUAUUUAUCAGAGGUUGCACUUACUACUCAUCUUUCAUCCCUCACAUUUGAAGAAGGUGAACUUUCCAAGGGCUCUGCUGAGGUAGAAGCAGAAAUGACUGUAAAUAGCAUUUCAGAGGGGAACCACACUUCUACUGAGGACUAUACCCCUCUAAGCGAUACGUUAGCUGCAGUAAGGAACGCUGCACAGGCAGCAGCACGUAUUCAAUCUGCUUUCCGUGCACAUUCUUUCAGAAAGAGACAGCAGAAGGAGGCAGUUUUUGCAGCUUGCAUAGAUGAGUAUGGAAUUGAUCCAAAUGACAUACAGGGGCUCUUAGCAAUGUCAAAGUUAAAGUUUUCUAAUCGACGUGAUUGCAACGCUGCUGCAUUAUCUAUACAAAAAAAGUAUAGAGGUUGGAAAGGUCGUCAAGAGUUCUUAUCGAUUCGUCAGAAAGUUGUGAAGAUACAGGCACAUGUGAGGGGGUAUCAAGUUAGAAAGCAUUACAAAAUAAUUUGUUGGGCUGUUGGAAUUCUUGAUAAAGUUGUAUUGCGUUGGAGAAGGAAAGGAGUUGGUUUGAGAGGUUUUCGUAGCGAUAUAGAGUCCAUUGAUGAAAAUGAAGAUGACGAUAUUAUAAAGGUAUUCCGCAAAGAAAAAGUGGAAGUUACUAUCGAUGAGGCUGUUUCACGAGUGCGAUCGAUGGUUAACUCUCUGGAUGCUCGUCAGCAAUAUCACCGUACGCUUAAAGGAUUUCGAGAAGCUAAGGCUGAGCUUAAUGGUGCCGAUCGUUAAUCCACAGGAUCGACUUCUCUCGUCGACAUUUCUGGGACUGAAGAUUGUAAUCAAUAUCCUAAGUAUGUGUAGGAGCAACUUGGUAAUCCUGAUUAACCUAACAUUCACUGAUUUCAUCUUUCUUUUUGCAAGUUACCUUUCUAGUUAACCAUCAUAUGUACAGUAUCCCUAGUGGUUAUAAUUGGUAAGCACAGAUGUUUAGUCAUAUAUUGUCUCUGUAAAUGAUUUGUAUUACUGCUGUAAAUGGUUUGGGAUGGGAGUAUGUUAGGAGAUUUAUGCUAUUAAAUUAAUCCCUUUUUCAUUUA